UUCACCGGAUCGGGACUUAUGAUUGGGCCAGCUUGGCUUACGCUGACUUCGUUCGUGCACUGAGGGACUCGUGUCGGCACCGAUCCUUUGGGACGAAUGUCGCUUUGUCUGCCUUUUGGAAGGUCAUAGAGGUAAACAUUAUUCCCUAUAAAGUUUAGCUCUACCUUUUAGCUAGCAUUAACUCACAAUUUAAACUCCUUGCUGAUCUGGUUCUACGAGCACUUCCCCUCUGCUGCGCCGGCGAGACCAUAGCCGCGCGGAUUUCUAGUGAGCGCCUCUUGGGGCGGCUGCCAUAUGGAUGUGUCUACUACACAUGUUCGGAGCUGAAUCAUGGCGCCAUGGGGCGGCUGGACAGACCCUGGGUUAGCCGCACAGUAUUCUGCUGAGCGUCGCUAUUUUCUGGGGACUUAUGGGGCGAUCGCGUACUUAGGAGAGAGGGUUGCUAGACAGCAUUCCUCUGAUGUCUUCGUCGUUCCUUCUGCUCCACCACGUCAUAUGUUCGACGACGCGUGGUUGUUGAGCAUGUCUGAGGGAGCUGGUACCCCUUGGCGGUUCUAUGUGAUCCCUGGGCAGUGCUAUGAUGAGGAGCUACUGCCGUUGUUAGCUCCAGCCCCCGUACCGGCUGAGGAUGUGAGGGUAAAAUUUUUCAGCUUUUACUUUCCAUUGAGUAGCCCCCAAGUGAUGUUUUCCUGACUUUU